AUGGAUGUCUUUGGCAAAGGAAAAGGAAAAGAGACUCUGGAUGAUGCAGAUCGUGAGGAUAAUGAGGGAGGAGAUGCAGAUGCUCUCAAUAGGAACCUUGAGCCAGGUGAAAUUUUGGAUGGCAAGGCCUAUAAAGAUGAUGAUCCUCCUGCUGGGAUAGUCCAGAUGAUACCUCUAGCUCUCCAUCUUCAUGCUUCCUUUGCCCUCAACUUCCCCAGGCACUGA